AUGUCACUGAGAAUUGUUAUCGUCGGCGCAGGCCUCAUCGGGCCCCGUCAUGCCCAGUCCAUCCUUUCCAACCCGCUCACCGAGCUGGCCGCUCUGGUCGAUCCAGCAUCUAGUGCCGCGAGUGUCGCAUCGCAGCUCCAGACGGCCUAUUUUUCGUCGAUAUCGUCUAUGCUGGGGUCGAUUACGAAACCAGAUGCCGCAAUCGUCUGCACACCUAAUCAUACACACGUCGCCGUAUCCCGCGAACUACUAGAGAAUGGGAUCCACGUUCUAGUUGAGAAACCCAUCAGCGAUAGCAUCGAGACCGGCCUGAAGCUACUGGAGUUCGCGCGCAAACCUGAAAACGCCCACCUGAAGCUCCUUGUGGGCCAUCAUCGCCGCUUCAACCCCUACGUGCUCAAGACGAAGGAGGUCCUUGAUGCCAGAUCGCUCGGGCAGGUGAUCGCCGUUAACGGGCUAUGGACGCUAUACAAGCCAGAGAAAUACUUCGAACCACCCGGAGACUGGCGCCGCAAGCAAUCCGCCGGAGGUGUCAUUCCCAUCAACCUUGUUCACGACAUCGAUGUCCUGCACUACCUAUUCGGCCCCGUGGUGCGCGUCCACGCCGAAAAGACCCUCCCGCAACGGCCGGACCCCCCACACGAAGCUGAAGAAGGAGCUGCAUUGACACUUCGAUUCCUCUCCGGGGUCGUAGGCACAUUCCUCGUCUGCGAUGCCACACCUUCACCUCACAACUUCGAAACAGGGACGGGUGAGAACCCGCUUAUCCCGCAGAGCCCAACGGGUAGUGACUCGGAUUUCUACCGGAUCUUUGGAUCAGACGCUUCCCUGAGUGUGCCAGAUAUGACCCGUUGGAGCUACGAUGGGCGUGCUGAGAAGAGCUGGAAUCAAGCUUUGGCGGUUGAGCGGUUUGAAGUUGAGCAUAAUACGCCUUUUGAUAUGCAGCUUGGACAUUUUGUGGAUGUUAUUCGUGAGAACGCGGAGCCGAGUUGCUCUGGUGCGGAGGGUUUGAGGGCAUUGAUUGUUUGCCAGGCUGCGCGCAAGGCAUUGGAAACUGGGCAGCCGGUUGAUAUAGAUACAGACAUGUUUAGAGCAAGUACAUGA